ACGGGACGGGGGACUCCUGUGCGCUGUCCUGCCCCGGCCGGGUGCCGGUGCGUCACGCGUGACAUGCCCCACUCCCUCGUCGCGGGAAUUCGUUUGGCUCGCGGCGAAGGCGGCACCGUUCUGAUCGGGCGGCCCGUCCAGAGCUUCCGCGCGCCGCAAGUCAAUUUCCUGGCUCCGGCUCGCGUGCCAAGCCCACGCCCCCGCUGCUCCGCUCGCUCGAGAGCCUAGCUAUAAAGGAGCGGGCACGCGCCUCAAAGCCCGCUCAUCACGCGCCUCACGGCGAGCCCGAAGCCGCGAGCUACUUCUGGCAGCUUCUACUUCAGCAGAGCAGUAGCAGCAGAACACGGAAGGAAGGCCGCCGUCAGACCCCGGUUCAGUCGAUUGCAGAGGAAGAAGAGUUUGGGAGAUCAGGAGCUGCUCGGCCGCGAUGGCGUCCAUGAUGGUGGUGGGAGACUUGGUGGAGGCGUACGUGCUCAAGAACGCGUACAAGGAGAAGCUCCGGCGCAUGGUGGCGGCCGAGGAGGAGGAGGAGACCAAGCGGCGGGGCUCCGGGUCCGCGGAGAAGAAGAAGGCCUCCUCGGGCGGCGGCAGGGGAGGAGGGCUGUUCGGGCUCAUCAAGAAGAAGGUGCAUCCCAAAGCGGCCGCGUCGUCGGCCGUGGAGACCUGACCAGUAGUGGAGCUGGAGCCUCUUCUUGAUUGUUCAGCUCUUUGCCUGGGAUCGCGGAUCGUGUAAAGUUGUUCUUUAUUUCUUUCUCGAUGCUCGCGCGUAACUCGCUUGACGUCGAUCGUGCUGUUGAUUUCAUUUGUUACUUGAUGUAAUUUAACAGAAAUCACGAGACACAAAAAAAAGGCGUGUAAAGUUGACCCCGGUUGAAUUAUUCUCA